AACCACGUACCAGAGAUGCCCAAGAAGGCCCAAGCCCUUCAAAAAGACAACUUCACACGCAAGCCCACACUGCCAAAUCAGAAGCUAGAGGCCGGGGGAAUCGGGGAGCACGUGCAUCACGCAACACACAUACACACACGUCUUUCGUCAUUUCCGUUCCCGGCUUCCGGCCUUCAGGUAUGCUUCCGGGUUGAGGAGGUCGGCCGCAGCGGCUCCGGCGUCGUUCUCCGCAGGUGCUCGGUCUAUGGAGCUAUUAGUUGCUGGCAGCGGUUGCGGUGGCUGCGGCGGCAUCGCGGAGGCAAGAGGCGGAGCCCGCGUUGGGGCCUUUGCCCCAGCAGAAUGCUACCUGGUUUGGCCGCCGUCCUUGCUCACAGACGCGGCUGGUCCUCCUUGUCCCGGCUCCCACUGAGAUGCCGAGCGGCGCCUAGUAGCCCUUGCGGCGGUGGCGGCGGCCAGGGAUGGCAGAGCUUAGUGACACUUGGAAGUUUCUCAAGCAUUGUCCCAUGUAGUCAUCUACACAUUUACUCACUGAGUCAAGUAAGAACUUAUUCUACCAAUAUUCAGAAAGAAGGACUGGAAGCACAAAAUAUUCAGAUACCAUCAGCUCCAGGAAAACAGAAGGCCAUUCUUGAUGAAACAAAAGUACUUGAUACCAACAUUGGACUCCAAACCCCACUUAUUAAGCAAGAACCUCUCCAAGUAAGAGUUAAAGCAGUUCUUAAGAAGAGGGAAUAUGGAUCAAAAUACACCAAGAAUAAUUUCAUCACUGGAGUCAGAGCAAUAAAUGAAUUCUGUCUUAAAUCCAGUGAUUUAGACCAACUUCGGAAAAUCAGACAAAGAAGUCCCCAUGAAGAUACUGAAUCCUUUACGGUAUUCUUGAGAUCAGAUGUAGAGGCAAAGGCUUUGGAGGUUUGGGGAAGCCCUGAGGCCCUUGCCAGAGAGAGAAAGCUGCGUAAGGAAGCAGAAAGAGAAUAUAGAGAGAAGUUGUUUAAGAAUCAAAAGCUGUUACGAGAGUAUACAGACUUCCUGGGACAUACAAAGCCACGGUCUGGAACAGGAUCAGUGUUUCUUAAAGGACCAGGAAAAGUAGUAAUAGUUGCUGUUUGUAUAAAUGGUUUGAACUUUUUCGUCAAAUUACUUGCUUGGAUUUAUACAGGUUCCGCAAGCAUGUUCUCAGAAGCUGUGCAUUCAUUAUCUGAUACAUGCAACCAGAUUUUAUUAGCAAUUGGCAUCUCUCAGUCUGGACGGAGACCAGACUCUACUCACCCGUACGGUUUCUCAAAUAUGCGCUAUAUUUCCUCAUUAAUUAGUGGCGUUGGUAUUUUUAUGAUGGGUGCAGGACUUUCUUGGUACCAUGGAAUCAUGGGAUUGAUUCAUCCUCAGCCUAUGGAAUCUCUUCUCUGGGCUUACUGUAUUUUAGCGGGAUCAUUGGUGUCUGAAGGAGCAACUCUCCUUGUUGCUGUAAAUGAGCUUCGGCGGAGUGCUCAGGCUAAAGGAUUGACAUUUUACAAGUAUGUAAUGGAAAGUCGAGAUCCCAGUACAAAUGUGGUAUUUUUGGAAGAUUCUGCAGCAGUCUUAGGAGUGAUGCUAGCAGCUACUUGUAUGGGCCUAACUUCUUUAACAGGCAAUCCACUCUAUGACAGCCUGGGUUCUUUAGGUGUGGGAACCUUAUUGGGAAUAAUAUCAACGAUUCUCAUCUACACAAACACAAACGCACUUUUAGGGCGAUCAAUCCAACCUGAACAAGUGCAACGGCUAACUGAACUAUUGGAAAAUGAUCCAUCAGUAAGGGCAGUUCAUGAUGUUAAAGCCACAGACCUGGGACUGGGUAAAGUUAGAUUUAAGGCUGAAGUAGAUUUUGAUGGGAAAGUUGUUACUCGAUCUUACUUGGAAAAGCAAGACUUUGACCAGAUGUUGCAAGAAAUUCAGGAAGUAAAGACUCCUGAGGAAUUAGAAAUCUUUAUGCUUAAGCAUGGUGAAAAUAUUAUUGAUACUUUAGGAGCUGAAGUAGAUCGACUUGAGAUGGAACUGAAGAAACUAAAUCCUGAAAUCCGACAUGUAGAUUUGGAAAUAUUAUAAAUUUGUUGGAACAUCCUUGGUGAACACUUUUGGAAACAGUUUUGUCCAGUACUAAGCAAAACCACAGAGAUAUCAGCACCUUACCUCCUCUACCAGUUUUCCUUACAUGGAAGGAGUCAGCACAAUGCAGAAACUUCUUGGAGGAAGAAUCUAAGGGGAAAUGUGUUAUAUAAGCAGGCAUUCUUAACUGACCAAGAACUAAAACUGCUUAUUGUUUUUGUAUGAGAAAUACUACAAUUUGAGUUAAUUUGAAAAAAAUUAUGUUUUUGUGUUUCAGUAGAUGCAUUUCUUUUCUUUUUUCCCAUGUCCUCCUUUCACUUUGCAUAGUACUUCACAAUCAUGUUUCUUUUCUUUACACUAGUAAGCAUAGAUGGAGUCUGUAGGAUUAUUAUUUAUAAUAUUGAGACCACUAAAUGCUUUACUCCAUUAUAGUUUUCCAAUCCUGUAGUUCCUUCUCUUGGUGAAAUGGUACUCUGUAUGUACUGUUGCCUAUAGAGCUUAGACUCUCAUUUCUAAUUGCUUAGUGAUUUUUUGGCCUGGCCACUAACAAGCAUUUUUAAAUAUUAUAAACUGGAUACGCUGGAUCCAGGGGUAAUGCAGUUACUGGACUGAGUAAAGACAUUCUCAAUGGAUUCCUUGAGAAAUAGUAGAGCCUCUAUUUUUCUGUGUAAUAUUUUUUUCUUCAUUUUUAGUAAUUUUUGUUAAUAUCAGGAAUUAUAACAAAAUCUUGGCUGUUUCCUAGGGACUAUGGACUUGUGGUGGCUUUUUUUUUUCAGUAAUACCACAGUAUGUAUUAGGUAGGAAACAAACUAUAUAUCUAAGUUUUAAUGUUCUGUAAAAUAUUCUAGAAAUAUUUAUAAUUUUACAGACAAAAGACAUUUUUAAUUUAUUCAAGCAGAGGCACAAUUUGUGUAAAUCUGAAUUGUGGAUUAUUUCUUAUUUUAAAGUAAGCCCCUCACAUGUGAUGUAAAACCUAUUAUCCUGAAAAUUGUCAAGAGACUUUCAUAGUAUUGAUUGCAUCAAUUAAGUUACCUGAAUUGUGGGUUUCUAGUAUUUAUCAAAUAGGCAUUCAGCAUUAGAUUGACAGUAGCUGAUAAUUUAAGCAAAAAUAGUUUUCUACUGACUGAAUUGUCAAGGUAAAAAUGGUAUAGAUCACUAAUUGAAAAUUAAAUGAAAGAACUGCAGUUAUGUAUCUGUUCACCAAAACAGCCAACUGCAUAUGAACUUUCGGAUUAUCAGGUAAAAGUGAGUGUUGGUACAUGGAAAGAUAGUGACAAGAUGAAAUUUUAAUAGUGAUUCCAUUGCUAGAUUAGCUGAUGAAAGAAGUGGAAUUCAAAUUUGAAAUAGUCUCCAAAAAUUAUUUGGGUUUAAUUUUGUGAAUUACAGCAAAUUACAAUGCUAGAGACUGGAAUAAUCAGCAUUUGAUCCAGUGGUUUGCAAUGGUGUUUUUUAUCCUAAGAUGUCAUUUACCCAGAAAAUUAUAAGAAUUUAAACUGACCUACAUUUUUGACCAUUACUGAGCAUUGUGCAUGCUAUGAAUUUUAAGUGAAAUGACAUUCCAAAUUUUUUCUAAAGGGGCAUGAAAUUGCACAUAAUGUAUAUAAUUUUAUGCCAUGUACAUAUGGUCUCAGAUUCUUUAACAUCAUUUUUGUUUUUUCAUUCUUUUUUUAAUUUAAUUUUUCUCUGUCCUCUUUUUCUCUCUGCUUCCCACCAGUUAAUUGUUGUCCUGUUUAAGUGCCAUCUGCAAAGAAGCUGGCCAUAAUCCAAAUUCUAUUAUAAUUGUUAAUUUGUAAAAUUUAACAGAGCUAGACAUUAGAAUUAACCCUUUAAAAAUUAGUAAAAGCUCAAGGCUGGCAUAUAAAAGUUACUGAAACAUUUUACAUUCUUUGCAGUUCCUCCUUAAAAAAAAAUGAAGAAAAGUAUGUUUUUGAUUCUUGCUAACUUUAUUUUAAUCUGGUUCUAAUUUUUGUUACACCUCAACAUUUCCUAUGUUGUUAAUAACACAGCCGUCAUUGGAGAAUAUUAAUGAUCAAAGGUUAUGUUACUGCUUUUUCCUUACUUCCUUUUUCUUAUUCUGAUUUUUCAGAAUGUUUUAAAUAACAUUUUAUAUGUAGUAACAAAUUUUAAGUGUUUAGUGAUUUGGAUAUUAGAAUUUAGAACCAGGAAACCUAAAAAUUCAUUCACUAAACUCUAUUAUUUUCCUCUUUAACUUUAAACAGAUUAACAUUAUAUCAUCAGAGAAUUGGAAUUCUUAGAAACUGAGAGGCAUACUAGAUAGGCAAUAGGGAAUUUUUUUGUUCUUACCUUAAUGCGUCUAAAGUUUUAGAUUCCUAUUAACUUAGCAUAUUAAAAAUUUUGGGAAAAUUUUACCUAUGAAAUUAAAGUUGCAAAAUAUGCAUUUGUGGGAGGGGUAUGAAUAAAAUAGUUCUACUGCCUUCAGUGUUAAAGCACCAUUUUUGAUAUAAUAAUAUGCAUGUAUUAGAAACAUGCAUAUUAUUAUAAACUAAUUAGUAUGUGACAUCAGUAAUCUAAAAUGAGAAAUGGGAAUCAUUCAGUUCUGCCUAGAGUUUUGCUUAAUUAUAGAAGCCAAGUUAUUCAAGAGUAAUUGAGUUUUGAGGCAAACUCAGAAAUUUAUUUCCUUAGUUUUUUGAAAUUUAUUUGAAGCAUUAUAAUCAUAUUUCCCAACAAAUUGUGCAAACUAUCUUAAAGAAGAAAAGAUGCUCCUUUACAAGCCUGAUUAGAAUCAAGUAGAACAGUCUUCCAUUGAGCAUUGAAGAGUAGUAAUUGAAGGCAGGACAUUCUAGCUGCAAAGGGUUCUAAUUUAUUCCUGAGUAGUUGAAGCUGGCAUCUGGCAACUAUCAUUAAGAAUGGCAUAGCUUUUCUUAACCCUUGUGAGUUCAUAAGAAGUGAAGUGAUCUUUAAUCAUAAUCUGUAAGAGUACACAUUUUUAUACCAUGGAAAUGACAAACUUAUUUUAAAUGGGUUAUCUGGUCUGAUUUUGAUUAAGAGCCUUAAGACAGGCUUAGCAUCAGAGGCCUAUAGCUGUUAAGCACUAGUCUCUAAUACUCUGGAGAGAGAUAUGGCAUCAGAAUUAUUCAACACAUGCUGACAUUCAGAUCAGAAGCAUUUCCCAACACACAGACACAAAAUAAAACUAACCAAAUAUGACCAAAUAAUCUAAAAUGUUAAAUUAUCACAAUAGAAGGGGUUAUGAAAUGUUAUCUUUACUGAGGUCUUCUCAUAAUUCAGAUAAUGAUCUCUUUCCAUUUUAAGUUUUAUGUGUACUUCAAGGAAAUUGUUAUGAGGUGUUGAAAGUUGGGUACUACAGAAAAUGUGCAAAAAUAUUUAGAAUGCAUAUUUUUGUCCUUAUACAAGAAUCGUGAUGCUGUAUCUUAAAUGUGAUGACAUCCAGUUUGCUAAACUUUCAGAAAUGAAUGAUACUACGAAUUAACGAUGAACUUGAUUUUAAAGGAGUUUCCCAUAGAUUUUUUUUCUUCCUUGUCCUUUUGAAACAAAGCUUUUUUAAAAGGCACUUACAAAAAAGGUGUGUCUAGCAAUCUUUAUUUUUUUUUUACAAGUUUAUUAAUAUCUAAAAUCUGGUUUUGUGGAGAAGAAGGUUUGUAUUUUAUCUGUUUGGUGUUACUGGUACAGUAAGUUGACCAGAUGCUUCCUUUUUUUCUUCAAUAAAUGUCAUAUGCAAAUAAGACCAGUUUAUAUUAUGAUUUGGCAUUGGAGAAACAGUAGAAUAAAUGUUGAACUUUUGUACACAUCA